CAGACAAUCUUCAGCUCCCAGGGCACACUGAGACUAAAGAAGAUCAUCCAGUCUUGUCACCAUGAACCUAAGUGCUACUCUUCGCACAGCUCUCCUCCUUUGCUGGCUCCUCGUUAUCCUGCCCAGGGUUCAAGGAUCUCCACUCUCAAGAAACGUACGUUGUCGAUGCAUCAAGUAUCACGGUACUAUCCCCAAUGUGAAAUCCUUACAGAAACUUGAAGUAAUUCCUGAAAGUUCUUCAUGUCCACAUACUGAGAUCAUUGCUACAAUGAAGAAAGGUCAGGAGCAAAGAUGUCUGAACCCUAACUCCAAGCAAAUACAGGAUUUACUUAAAUUAAUUAACAAGAAAAGGUCCAAAGAAACUUCUAAUCAGAAGUAGAGAUCACCAAAUGGCUCAUGAGAGAAUGGACCAAGAUGUGCUCAAAUAUGUCUCUUCUCCUCUGUGACUAUCAAGAAAGAAGAGCUGCUGUAUAAAUUAAUAUUUAGUUUUAACAUAGUGUAUUAAAGUUUACAAAGUC